CAGACGAAGGAAGCAAAGGGGAUUUGGAGGACGAGACUUGCUACACAGAGCACAACUUGUCGCUGCUGCUGCAGGAGAAGGAACGUCCCAGACAGAGCACAGGAUGAAAGGCACUAUAGAAAGGCUUCGUACAAAGGUUGAGUAUUUGUCCAACACAAACAUGUCACUCAAGCAGCAGCUGUCCAUGAUUCACACGUCCAGUUUGAAACAUCUAACCAACGACAGCGAAAACCAGUCCAUUUUGCAAGAGUUACUGCAACACAUGUCUGAGGAACACACCCAGCUGCUGCACCACCAUCUAGCACAGCUACGACUGUACGCUCAGGCCUGCGCAUUAUCCAAAUCAGCCCCCGAGGAAUCUGCAGCUGAAUCUACAGUCUUGGUACCAGACCUGGCUGACCAAUCACAGGACAUCUCACACAUGGCCAUGAUGUCGUCCUCGGAGGGCACCCUUGGGAACAUGGAGCAGACAGUCGUCAUGACGAUAACGUCUGAGGAAGAUUCGGAGCCGCUCGGCAACAUCGUGGAUAACCCCGGAGAUACUGUGGGACAUUACUCCUUGACUUUGGAUAAGGACGUUCACUUGUCACCAAAUGACAUUCCAUACCAGCUGACAAGCGAGGGACUGUCACCAAGACAUGCCACCUCUGAGUCGGGUCACGUUUAUCAAUCAGGUAGAACUCAUUCACAUCACAACACAGGCUGUGAUGUCACGCAACAGGAUUUUCACAAGAACAAAAGUUGAAAAUUGGUUCUUUCCAACAGCAUGCCAAAAAUAUUCUGCCCCGAUGGCUUUGACAAAAGAACGUUUGAUGACAACAUGUCAAAUGAGGGACCACCAUUAAAAUGUGGGAGAACUAACAGCCUGAAAGCCACC